GAGAGGAAAUAGCCAUCUUUGUGAGGAUAAAGUCCAGAUCAUCCUCUCUGUCCUGGCUUGUGUUGGAGGGGUUAGAGUUGCCUUUGAGGGAGAUCUUUUGAACCAGUAGGGCAUCCAUGGGAUACCAUCCUAUUACCCGAAAGUUCUGUCUCCAGGCUUGAGAGUUAAUUCAGGAACAAUGUGGAUCUGGGCACUGUGGAUAUUCCCUUUACUCUGCAAACUCAGCCUGACAGCCCUGCCAACUAAACCUGAGAACAUUUCAUGUGUCUUAAAUGGUGUUUAUUUAACUUGCACUUGGAGUCCAAAGAAGGAAGCCAAUUUUACUAAGUACACUGUUAAUGCAUCUUGUAAAAGUGGAGGAAGCAAAAAAAAUUACACGUGUACAUCCAACAGCUCUACAGGUGCUUCAUGCUCUUUUUUGCAUCAAAUUAUAGCAGCUCCAGCUAAUUGUAUCAUUGUAGUGGAAGCUCUAAAUACAGAUGGGAUAAUUAAAUCUGAUGCUACUCAUUGGUCGUUAAAUGACAUAUUGAAAACUAUACCACCUGAGAUUUUAAGUGUGAAGCCAGUUUUGGGCAUCAAAAAAAUGCUUCAAAUAAACUGGGAACUCCAUGCAUUAUCAGAUGAUUUAAAUUAUAUACUUCGAUUCAAGACAGUCAAUAGUACCCACUGGAUGGAAGUCAACUUCAGUGAAACUGAGGUCUACAACCUCACAGGGCUGCAGGCUUCUACUGAAUAUAUCAUUUCUCUGCGUUGUAAAACCAACAAGUCAAGAAUUUGGAGUGACUGGAGCCAAGAGAAAAUGGGAAUGACAGAGGAGGAAGUUCCACAUGUCCUGGAUCUGUGGCGCAUUUUGAAACCAGUUAAAGAGGAUGGGAGAAGGCCAGUGCGGUUGCUAUGGAAGAAGGCAAAAGGAGCCCCAGUCCUGGAGAAAACACUUGGCUACAAUAUACGGUACUUUCCAGAAAACACCACUAACGUCACAGAGAUGAGGACCACUAACCAGACGCUUGACCUGCAUCUUGGAGACGAGACCUAUAGGGUGUCUGUGACUUCAUAUAAUUCUCUUGGGAACUCUAUAGCAUCUACCCUGAAGAUUCCAGAUAUUCAUGAGAAGCCAUUUCAGUGUAUCGAGGCUAUGCAGGUCUGCCUUGUUCAAGACCAGCUGGUGGUGGAAUGGCAAUGUUCCUGUACGGUGGUAGACACAUGGAUGGUUGAAUGGUUCCCAGAUUUGGACUCAGAGCUCUCUGCCUUUUCCUGGGAAUCUGUGUCUCAGGCCAAGAACUGGACAGUCCAUCAAGAUAAAUUAAAACCUUUUUUGUGCUAUAACAUCUCUGUGUAUCCAGUGUUACAAGAUAAAGUAGGAGAACCAUAUUCCAUCCAGGCGUAUAGCAAAGAAAAGAUCCCAUGCAUAGGUCCUGAAACGAAGGUAGAAAACAUUGGUGUGAAGACAGUCACCAUCUCAUGGAAAGAGAUUCCAAAGGAACUGAGAAAUGGUUUUAUUAGUAACUACACCAUAUUUUACCAAGCUGAAGGUGGAAAAGAAUUCUCUGAGACAGUCAACUCCAGCACCCUACAUUAUGGCCUGGAGUCUCUGACACGAAAGACUUCUUACAGUGUUCAGGUCAUGGCCAGCACCAGAGCUGGGGGAAUAAAGGGGGACACAAUAAACUUCAAGACAUUGUCGAUCGAUGUCUUUGAUAUUGUCCUUAUAACUUGCCUGGUUGGAGGAGGUCUGCUUAUGCUCAUCAUCUUUGUGAUGAUCUCUGGUUACCAUAAACCAAGCAAGUUGAUUCAACUGUGUUGGCCUGAUGUCCCCAACCCUGCUGAAAGUAGUAUAGCCACAUGGCUUGGAGCUGAUUUCAAGAGUAAAGUAAAUCUGAAGGAGUUUGAUGACUCCAUGAACACAGAAGACAGGACCCUAAAAUCAUGUUCUGCUCCUACUGACCUCAUUGACAAGUUGGUGGUGAACUUUGGGAAUUUUCUGGAAGAGGCUUCCAUAGAGGUUGCUGGAAAAAGUCAGGAAAACAUUUUGGGAGUGGAAAAGAAUGAAUACGUGACUUCUCCCUACAGAUCUGACUGUGCCCCAGUGAAGAGCCUUAAGGAGCCCUUGGCUUUAACUGAGAUUCCUUCCAGAAAAUCUCAACACCUAUAUUCAGGAAUGGCAGAAGAGACCUGCUCAGAAGCCAAAGAAGAACUUUCCUCUCCUGGUCAUAGUUUAGGAACAGAUCAUAUCUGUGGAGACAGAGCACAAAAUCCAUAUUUGAAAAAUUCAGUGACAACCAGAGAAUUUCUUCUGUUUGAAAAACUUCCAGAUCCUACCAAGAGAGAAGUCUGAAUGCCUCUACGGUGUAGACCUUGGGAAUUUCAGUUGGAUGGCUCUUAACUGGAAAAAAAUGCCUUGACUUAGCAAGAGGUGCUUCUUCAUCUCCUUCCCCAUUCUGCCUGAGUUAGAGAACAUCUUCCUUGCCUGGAGUGCUUGUUGAGCCUGGCUGUCACAGAUGCAAACAUGUGCUGGAAAGAAGAAGGGACACUACAAGCCUGAGUGCUUUGUAGGGGGAAAACCAUUCUUUUCUUUUGUUCAGAUAAUAAGCUCUCUCUGAGGUUUCCUAACACAUUGACUCUGAAGGAAGGAUCUAGGUUCUGAACUCACACUUCCCCUGACAUAGCUGGCCUUCUUCACGAAUGCAGUGAUGGUUGCAACUUUUGCUGGGGGCACCCUCAGAGUUCCAGGAGGGACUGUGCCUCCAGGAAUGCUUACUGACAGUUCUUUGGUUGGUACUUGGCACUCUGGUGAGAAUCUUCACUUUGCCCCCUCCUCCCAAGUAGCCCUGAAAUCUUAGUCUCAUCAACAGAGGUGGCAGGAAAGUACAGUGGUCUUUCCCAAGGCUCCUCAUUGUCUUCAGUAAUUCUUGAGCCUGCAGCAACACCCCACCAAGGACUCUUUACCACUGGUUUGUAGCACGUUAGCUGCUAAAAACCAAGGAAUGAGAGAAGGUCUUGGUAGUACACAGGGAGUGGGCUGCAGACUGGGCAACAUCUGCAGACUGCCCCAUCUGCAGGUCAUUUCCCAGCUCUUGCUGCUCUUGUGCUGGGAGUAGAAAGGCAUCAGACCCGGAAGUGGCUUUUGUACAGCCACUGAACCUUCACACUGGCUCAGUGCCCAGGAAUGCUUACUGAAUACCCCUUCAAAAGGCCUGCUCUCAGCAGGGGCUGAGCAGGGACUGGGAAUGGGCUAUGCUCAGCAACUUUGCUGCUACAUCUCAAGGACUUUUGCUUUGUUUUGCUCCAGCUAGGCAUAGAUCUUGUAAUAGUGAACCUUUGGGCAAAGUACUGAUCAUAUGAUUCAUUUGCUGUGGUCCUGGGAGCUGUAUGGCUGUCACUCAGCUCCUACCGUGACCCCAGUGUGGGAAGAGCCUGGUGACAUCAAGUUGGAUGAGGGAAUGAAUGAAGGGCCCUAGAUGUUAUGAACCAAGAAUCCAGCCAAGAAAGCUGGUGGAAUUUUUUUCUAGGAGAGUUUAAGAAGUUAGUACUUAGAAGGUUGCACACACAUGAACUUCAUAGCCACAAAAAUCAAGUGUACAAAAACAUCACUUUACCUUCUUGUAACUAAAAUUAUAACUUAUAGCUAAAAUUAAUUAUUUCAAAAUAAUGUCCACCCAACUUGGUGAUUUCUAAGUUCCUUUGGCUUUGUAAUUCAGUCACAGUUGGGACCGGUUUUCCUUGAGAUGAAUUUGUAGGGUGUUAAACAUGGGGCGGCACUCAUGAGCCAGGGCUGGCCACUUAGUAGUGUCCUCUGGGAUCCUGUAUUUGUCCAGCCAUGGUUUUGUUGCUGGUCAUGUAUAUGUGCUUGUAGCCCCACCUGUCUCUGUUUGGACACUUCCCACUCUCCUUUGCUGUGUUCUUACUGUGGGCACAUGAAGGCGUGACUGUUCUCCCAAAGUUCUCUCCCUCCUCAUCAGGUCUCAAGUGACUGUAGCCCCUCCCAGGAUUCAUCACUCCUGGUUUACAGAACAGUGACUGCUGAUAAAUCAGGGAAUGAGGGAGGCCCAAGGCAGGACAAUGGGGAAUAAGACCCUUGGGAUCCUUCUAUCCCUUUGUUCUGCUCCCUAGUCCAGGGGUAGAAAGAGCCCCUUCCUCUGUAAAGUGAUACCGAAGAUCUCAUGGCUGCCCUGCUAUCUGCUUCUAGUCCUUCUCCUGCUUGGACACUUCUGGGCUACUUGUGCCCAGGUUUCCCCAGGAGCCCUUGCCCACACUUCACUUUGGAUUUGUGAACUUGCUGAGAAGAUUCUAGCCUUGCCUCCUGUCUUGGUCUGGAGUGGGAAGGGAAGCAGAGGUUACUGCCUGCCAUUACCCCCUACACCCACACAACUUGACCUUGACCUUCUGUCCAACUCCAGAUGAGGGAAUUUUCUCAGAUUCUGUGGGAGGUGGGUGAAGAGGGAAGAGCCUCAACUGAGUCUUGACAUGCAUGUCUGUCUCACACUAGAUGAAGCUAAAAUCCAAGUGUCUGGUGGCUGAGUAUGGAGUAGGGUUCUAAAUGGCUCUGUGAGUGAUUUUCAGAGGAGCCAAUGUCACCCCUCUGCCUCCCUUCCUGGCUUCCUCCUCCAAAGCCAUCCAGGUGGGCUCGGUCGUCUUUGGGUAGCUUGUGGAUGCCCCUUGGCCCUUCUCUCUUUCUUCCUCCCUGUUCCCACUUCUAAGCCUCUGCUGUUUUUCCCCACCACUCCCAGGAUUUCUUAGCUUUUCAAAUCUUCCUAGUCUCUUGAUUCUUUUCUCUCCUUUCCCCCUCCCACCUAUUCACCGUUGGCCUAUUUAUUUUUGCUGCUUUUGAGUGGUAGGGUUGUUGUAGGCCUCUACUUAAUCUCAGGUGGGCCCUGAGGUGCUCUCUCACAACCAGUCUGAGGACAGUUUACUCAUCCUGGGCCCACACACUAAGCUCUCAAGGGGCGAAGGUCUGAACACUCAGAAGCCACUGGUGAUUUUCUCUUCUGGAUCAACUCACCCAAUGUUCCCACUCUCAGAGUCCUGGAACAACUCUGUGACCAGAGAAGACCAUCUCUGUGUUCUGUUUUCUGUCAAAGAGACCUAAUGAAGACACAAAUAUGACUUGUAUUUUAGCAAAUAUUAAAAAACAGACAAAAUUUCCAAUGAAGAGUUUUCUAGGGCUCUGGGAACCAUGUCAACAGCUAUGUUAGUCAUCUUUCUUUCAUGAUAACAGAAAAAACUUACAAGAAUGACUUAGAAAGCAAUCUAUGUCAAAAAAAAAAAAAAAAAAAAAAAAAGCAGUGCCUGCUUUCUGGAGGUAGCAGUGUAAGUGCACUAAGUGGAGGUUUUGGAAGAAGCUGCAGAAAGACAUGUGAGAAAGGAGCAUUGGUUCCUCCAGUCUCCCUGCUGUUCCUCAGGGUCCAGCCACCAGAGAUUCAACAGUCUUCUUCCCCAGGAAUGCCUGUGGUUCCUGCUGCUGUGAGCCCUGUCACCCGGGGUCUCACACUGCAGCCCUCCAGCCCAAUCCUGCCUCUGUUUGUCCUGCUAAUAAUGGUACUAAGAUUUUUUAAAUGGUUGGAAGCCAAAUUAAAAAAUAUUUUGUGACAUGAAGGCACAUGAAAUGUCCACAAAUAAAGCUUAAUUAAUUGAAAGCAAGCCACACUCAUUAUUCAACACAGCAACAAUGGCUGCUUUCCCAACAAAGGCAGAAUCGAGUAGUUGCAAUAGAGACUGUUACUCCCACACAGGCCCUUUGCAGAAAGUUUGUGGGUGCUUGAGGUACCUCACAUAUGUGAAGCUCAAGUCUGAGCUUUUAUGUUUUAACCUUAAGUAGCUGCUGAUUAAAAACAAAUCGGGAGGAGAACCAUGCCUGCUCCCAACCCAGCAGCCAUCGCUCAAGCGCCGGGAAGGUAGCACACCCCUGAACCUCCAUAAUCCCCCCUCCCCGCACUCUCAGACCUCCUGACUGUGUAAGUCUUUGGACCCACUCUGCAAAGAUAGAG